GGGCUCCGCUCAUCCCCGCCUCGGACCCGUGGGGCGUGUGGGCGGCGGUGACGGCCGCCGGGGCGUUCGGCAUCUGGGCGGAGAAGAACACGUCCUGGGGCAAGUCUCUGUCGGGGGCGCUCGUGGCGACCAUCGCGGGGCUCGCGCUCUCCAACGCCGGCGUCAUCCCCUUCGAGGCUCCCGCGUACGCGGUCAUCAACAAGUACCUCCUCCCGCUGGCGGUGCCGCUGCUGCUGUUCGCGGCCGACCUCAAGCGAGUCAUUCGCGACACCGGCAAGCUCCUCAUUGCGUUCGUCAUAGGUGCGAUCGGCACGGCCGUCGGGACGGUGGUGGCCUUCCACGUGUUUCCGCAGCCGGAGCUGGGCGCGGACGGGUGGAAGGUCGCCGCGGCGUUGUGCGCGCGCCACAUCGGGGGCGCCGUGAACUACGUGAGCGUCGCAGGGGCGUUGAAGAUGUCGCCCAUCGCGCUCACCGCGGGCCUCGCCGCCGACAACCUGGUGUGCGCCAUCUACUUCAGCACGCUGUACUGGCUGGCGAGGAACAUCCCCGCCGAGGGCGGCGGCGCGGGGGCGGCGGGCGCGGGCGACGACAGCGAGAUCAAGGGCUCGUUCGACCCCCUGCGCGGCGGGCAGGCCAUCGCGGUGGCCGCGCUGCUGUGCUACGCGGGCACAGCCAUCUGCACCAAGCUCGGCUGGGCGGGGAUGAGCAUCCCCGUCGUCACGGCGAUCGCGGUGGCCCUCGCCACGCUGUUCCCGUCGAAGCUGGCCCCGCUCGUGGCGUCCGGGGAGGCCCUCGCUGCCAUCCUCAUGCAGUACUUCUUCGUGGCGAUCGGCGCGGCCGGCAGCGUCAAAUCCGUCGUAGCGACAGCGCCGAUGCUGUUCGCGUUCUGCGUGCUGCAGAUCGUCAUCCACCUGGCCACCAUUCUGGGCGCUGGGAAACUCCUUGGGUUCGAGACCAAGGGUCUGCUGAUCAGCUCCAAUGCGUGCGUGGGCGGGCCCACCACUGCGGCAGGCAUGGCCGCGUCCAAGAGCUGGGGCAGCCUCGUGGUCCCAGGCCUGCUCGUAGGCACCCUCGGGUACGCCUCCGCGACGUUCCUCAGCAUCGCUCUCGGCAAGCUUGUGCUACAGGGCAUGUGA